AUGUACUUGUCGAAGAAAUCUGAUUCGAGCCUCGGUAUAAACAUGUCACGAAACAGACAUGACAAACUAAAGGGAGGCGGAGAUUCAACAGCUUUAGCAGCAGUAGCUUUACAGGAUCAUUUAGUCCGCAGUCUCAACUUAAACUUUAGCAAUACCAAAACAUUUGGGCCGAGGAAUAUCGGACUCGGUCCAGCUGCUCGAGCUCAACACAAAUCACGAACUAGACCUGUUGUAGAUACUGGGAGAAACAGAUUUCAAAAAACAAAACCAAAGAAGAAAGAAGAAGCAGAAGAAUAUGUACUGGAACCACAGAAAAUUCCAAAGUUGUCUCUUGCCCAGAAGAUGGGCCUCGUUGAAGCCCCAGAGUUGCCGCUUACAGAGCAGGAAUGGAAGUCAGUAAAAGAAAAAUCCAACAAGAGAGAUGAUUCCAAACAACCUUGUGUCAUUUGUAAGGAAGAUUUCGGCACACAGGAGCAGGUUCUCCUGUCGUGUACUCAUGUCUUUCAUAAGGCGUGCCUUCAGGCAUUUGAGAGAUUCACAGGACGUAAGACGUGCCCUAUGUGUCGGAAGGCAGAGUAUCAGACGAGGGUCAUACAUGAGGGAGCUAAGGAAUACAGGAUUGUGUGUGCAACAAGAAUACAAGCUGCAUGGAGAGGAUACGUUGUGAAAAGUUGGUAUAGAAAACUUCGGGAAACUGUUCCUCCCAAGGACCCCAAACUACGACAGAAGUUCUAUGAGGAGAAGUUGUCCACCAUCACCGACAGGAUUGUACGGUCAUGUGAUUUUAAUGUAAACACUUUCCUCACGGAGAUUGACCAGAGUCUACAGGCCAGUCGAGACAUCUUCCGACGAUUUGACGAGACCUUUCAUGUGAUAAGCGAUGAUGAAUGGGAAGCAAUACAACUAAAGGCGGUAGAGCGAGAGGCUCAAGAUUGCCCAAUAUGUUUGACAAGUCUAUUAACACAGAGCUACGUUCAUCCAUCCUGUUUGGACAAAAGCUUGGAAUCUGUUGCAGAAAGAACUACAUAUUCAAACAUUAAACAGAUCCCUUCAAACAGAAAGAAAACCCCCACAAGUAAACAAUCUUUUGCAGGUUCAGCAAAGCCAAAACCAAAAUCUGAUACAGAAAUACCUGAACCUGGAACAUCUAAAAGGAGAAAAACUGUUCUGCUGUCAUGUUCUCAUGUGUUUCAUGAACAGUGUUUACAAACUUUUGAGGAACUUUCAAUACAAGAUGGUAGGCAUAUAUGCCCUGUCUGUAGAUCUGUAUAUCAAAAGAAGCAUAUUUCUGUUUAAAAGUUCAUCAGAGUACCAGUGAUAUAUCAACAUUUUAAGGUUGUAAAAAAGAAAAAUUAUUUAAUUGUGUCUUAUUCCUGCACAUACAUGUAUUUAUACUUUGA